AUUUUUUGCGAUUUGCUUUCUUUUUGAACCCCCCUUAUCCAGUUGGGAUGCUAGUCGAACUAACUUCCUAACUUAACCCAUUCAUAGCUAUCAUGUCUGAUAAUACUGUGGGCCAGCAGUCCAGUUCCCAACCACGCCGCAUCCCAAAAUUGAAUCUGUCGAAAGAAACCACGGUAGAAGAACUUGAGAAGUACGUAAAUGCGCUACGACUGCAAGAUACCGAAACGGGGCCUCCCGAUCCAGCAGCCGAGCCCCCAAACUGGCUUGAGGAAGAUGUUGGAGCGUCGUCGCUCUGGGCACCUGCCAAAGACUAUGCUUCUUGUAAAUUCUGCUUGAAUUGCUUUCUCACAGUGUCUAUGCUCGCAACCGACUACAACAGGCGCGGUCCGCCCGAGACUUUCAAAUGGAAACAUCUCCGCGAAGUGAAUACUUUUUACCACAUUGACCCGUCCCGAAUGGGAAACGACUAUACACCAAAGGAUAUUAUGGAGUCAGCCAUUGAGGGCUGUCCCAUGUGCGCCCUCGCCGUUGGCACGUCCUGGUUCCGUGGUGACGUCCCGUUUGACACUGCACGAUGGAUGAAGAAUCCCUUGUGGCGCAAGCGAGCACAGUACCUUUUGAUCGACCACUAUGCCUCCAAUCACUGGGUGCCUAUCGGCAGAGGCAGUGAAGAGAUACCUCGCCCCCUCUUGGAGAUCGUGUACGGCACAAAGCUGACUACUGAGAUGUACCCGGAAGCCGACAUGUCGGAAUUCUGGGGCUCAAUACAUUUUUGGGACAAUGAAGAGCUGCAGAGGUGGUACCAACGGUACGCUUGUCCCUACACGCUGAAAGAUACCUUGGGGAAGCCACCUCUGGGGCCGCUGUGCCCAAACACUGGCGAUGGCGGCGCGUUGGGCCUGGCAAUUUGGUGGUUCAAGCGUUGCCUCGGAGAACACAAGAGUUGCGCGUCAGCCAAAAGCCAGUCAAGCGACGAUUCACAGUACCCUAGUCGACUGCUCUAUUUGGGCACCGGCGAUGAGCCUCUUCAAGCUAGGCUUGUUAUAUCGGAACAAGACCUGAGUGAUAGGCCAGAGUUUGUGACAUUAAGUUACUGCUGGGGGAAAAAACCGUUCAUGAAACUCACCCAAGACGUGUUAGAGCAGUUUCGAAAGAAUAUUGAUUUCGAAAGUCUUCCAAAGACUUUCAAGGAUGCGAUAUUGGUCACAAGGCUCUUGGACCAUUCUUACAUCUGGAUCGACGCUCUUUGUAUCAUCCAAGACUCCAAAGAAGACUGGCGCAAUGAAUCAGCGAAGAUGGGGUCCAUUUAUAGGCACUCGGUACUAACAAUUGCAGCACUUGGAGCGUCAGAUAGCUCACAAGGAUGUUUUACCGCUCGUCAUCCUUGCGUGUACGGUGACAUCCCCCUAUCUAGUGGCAAGAUCACCAUCACAUCACGUACUUCGUCUCACCACGGACAACCGCAAUUCCGAAGAGAGUUUGAGGUCGAAGGUAAGGCUGCUUCGCCUUUAAAGACGCGAGGAUGGUGCGUACAAGAGGAGUUGUUAUCACCUCGAACUCUCUAUUUCGGCUCUUCGGGAAUAUUCUGGCAGUGCAUCGAAUGUGAGGCGGACGAAGGUUAUCCAGUCGGAACAAGAGGCCAACAGGAAAACCUAAAGUCCGCACUGUUUCGAACUAUAUCGUCUGGACAAUUCAAUCUUAGCCACUGGAGAAUAAUCCUGGAGCGCUAUACAAGGUGCAAGCUCACCUACCCUUCUGACAAAAUAGUCGCUAUAUCUGGUGUGGCAAACUUGCUUGGACGCGCCGCUGGAGAGGAAUUUGUGGAGGGAAUGUGGAAGCGUGACAUUUGGCGAGAACUGCUAUGGCACUCUAGGGACAUCAGGUGGGCCGACAACCACACCUGUCAUCGUCUGGAAAACGACCAUCCAUCUUUUAGCUGGGCUUCUGUUGGCCAAGCUAUCACGUUCUUCCGGUAUGACUACCCCAAUCAGACGUCUAUAGCUGCACCAUCUGUUAGCAUCGUUGAAGACGUACAAACAUCCGGCACCGCCAUCAAACAUAAACUACACAUCCGCAGUCAGCUGCGCGAAGUAAUUCUCCUCCCUCCGGCAUAUAGUAAGACUGGCCAGCCAACACUCAUGCUCGCGCAUGAUAUGCCUUUUCCCGAACCGCCAACGUGGGUUGACCCAGAGGUCCCGAAUGCAGUCAUCAUUCGACUGCAGAAGCCCGUCCGUCUUGAUCACAACAUCGAUCGAAAGACGGAUCAAGACAUAGACACCAGCCAUCUCCGAGGGUUUGCCUACGAUUGGAUUCCGGACAUACCACUUGAUGGCUCCAUUACACGCGCCUAUUUCAUACCCGUCGCAAAGAGGGGCGUCACAGACCCCGCUGGCUCUAUUGGAUUAGUAGCCAUACCCGUCGACGAGGAACGGAAGGAAUGGAAACGUAUUGGGUUCUUGUUCCACGGUGGAUUCCCUGACUCGUGGAAGACCCCGACUCUCCGAGUGACUGUGCAAAACACGGAGACUGGUGAGGUGGACUGGGAGGAAACGGCGAAGAUGAGGGCGCCUAAUCCAUUUUUACUGAAUCCAGAGGAGGACUAUGUCGACAUUGUGCUGAGGUAGCGUGGGUUUGAACUAGUUUUGUGCCGGAUAUCGAUUCAGCGCCUGAAAGAUUCUAAGGUAAUGUGUCAUGAAUAUAUGAAUAUAUACGCUUUUACGAGAUCGAAGAUACAUUUUUGAGGCUUAAACGCAAC